AUGGUGGCAAAUCUUCCGGCUUUGAAGACUUAUGGGAGAGAUUUGGUUGAGCAAGCAAGUAAGCUUGAUCCUGUGAUUGGCCGAGACGAGGAGAUUAGAAGAGUAGUUAGCAUUCUGUCAAGGAGAACGAAGAACAGCCCGGUUCUGGUCGGGGAACCAGGGGUUGGCAAAACCGCUGUGGUGGAAGGUUUAGCACAAAGGAUAAUGAAAGGAGACGUGCCGAGCAAUCUAACCGAUGUAAAACUCAUUGCCUUGGACAUGUGUGCAUUAGUUGCUGGACCAACGUACAAGGGAGAGUUCGAGGAGAGAGUGAAGUCUGUGUUGAAAGAGGUUGAGGAUGCUCAAGGCAAAGUUGUUCUCUUUAUCGAUGAGAUCCACAUGGUUCUCGGUGAUUCCACGGAUGCUGCUACUUUGUUAGCUAGAGGCCAGCUUCGUUGUAUUGGAGCUACUACGCUACCGAAAUACCGUAAAUACGCUGAGAAAGAUGCUGCGUUUGAGAGAAAGUUCCAGCAAGUGUUGGUGGCUGAGCCUAGUGUGCGUGACACUAUCAAUAUUCUUAGAGGGCUCAAAAAGAAAUAUGAAGGACACCAUGGUGUUCGUAUCCAAGACAGAGCUCUUGUUGUUUCUGCUCAGUUUUCUGCUCGUUACAUCACUGGUCGACAUUUACCAGAUAAGGCAAUUGAUUUGGUUGAUGAGGCUUGUGCUAACGUAAGAGUCCAGCUUAAUAGUCAACCUGAAGAAAUUGAUAACUUUGAAAGAAAGAGAAUGCAGCUAGAGAUAGAACUUCAAGCCCUAGAAAAGGACAAGGACAAAGCUCGUCUUGUGGAGGUAUGGAAAGAGCUUGAUGACUUGAAGGACAAGCUUCAGCCUCUCACAACGAAAUACAGAAAAGAGAAAGAGAUAAUUGAUGAGAUUCGGAGGCUUAAACAGAAACGAGAAGAGCUCACGAUUGCUCUACAGGAGGCUGAGAAACAAAAUGACCUUCCUAGUGCUGAGAAGCAAGAGGAGGCUAAGAAACAAGAUCACCUUCCUAGUGCUGAGAAGCAAGAGGAGGCUGAGAAACAAGAUGACCUUCCUAGUGCUGAUAAGCAAGAGGAGUCUGAGAAACAAGAUGACCUUCCUAGUGCUGAGAAGAAAGAGGAGGCUGAGAAACAAGAUGGCCUUCCUAGUGCUGAGAAGAAAGAGGAGGCUGAGAAACAAGAUGGCCUUCCUAGUGCUGCUGAUCUAAGACGUGGUGAAAUCAAGGAAGUGGAAUCCGCAAUUGCAAAAUUACAAGAGAGUUCCAAAGAGAAUGUGAUGCUUAGAGAAACCGUUGGACCAGAGCACAUUGCUGCGGUAGUGAGCCGACGGACUAAGAUUCCAGUGACUAGACUUGACCAGAACGAGAAGGACAGGCUACUUUCUCUUGCUGAUAGGUUGCACCAAAGGGUUGUUGGGCAGGACCACGCGGUGAACGUUGUGGCUGAAGCAAUUCAAAGGUCGAGGGCUGGACUAGAAGGCCACAACAACCUAAUGGCUCUUUCCUCUUCCUCGGUCCAACUGGUGUCGGCAAAACUGAGCUAG